ACCUAUGAGCAGAUCAACAUAUAUAAAGCUCGUUGGCACUCAGGUGACCUCAGUAUCAUAUGAUUGCUUCUUUUGGGGGAAGUUAAACGGGACGGGUGAAGAUGACAUCGGCUAUCACUCAGGGGUUAGAGCGGAUUCCUGACCAGCUGGGCUACUUGGUGAUCAGCGAGGAUGGAGUUCUGGCAUCUGCAGGUGAACUGGAGAAUGAUGAACACACAGCUGGAGUGAUCAUGCAGAUGGUGCAGACGGCCUGCAAAUUUAGACUGCAAGAAAGCUCAGAGCCGCCCUUCAAACGUCUGUCAGUCAUGUUUGAAGAUCAUGUGUUCAUGGUUACUGUUUCUGGGACAAAAGUUUUUGUUGUCAAGCGACAGAAUAACCAGCGGGAUCCAAUCAACGUUUAGCCAAACAUGGGAGCAAACGUGCGCCGCUUGUGGUCCUGAUGGGCCAAAUUCCUGAGGGGUUUCUCAUCGUCACACAAAAGGGAACCUUCCAUGGACUUGGAGAAUCUGUACAAGUUUAAUUUAUUCAUUUGCAUUUCCCUUAAAGUUUGUGUAACUUGUGAUGCUUUGGUCUGUUUUGUUUUUUUUUGUGAGGAUGUGUUGGCAGCCUUGUUGCAUGUAUGCAGCAACCAGUAGGACAUCUUUAUGUGCUGCUAUAUCCACACGAUCACUGUCAGUGAUGUAAAUCCGCACCUUUUAUCAGUCAUGGAGGGCUCUGAUGUGCCAGUUGAGGUCUAAAUCUACAGUUUUAUUAUUGGGAUUGAGGGGACCUAUUCCUCCUUCAUUGUGUUUUCAGCAUAGAGACUUCUUUCAUGAUAUGCCAAUGGCUGUCUCGAGGUGUCUGCAUUGUCUUUUUGUUGUCCUCUCAAUAACAAACAGUAAAUUCAUGUUCAAGUCAA